CCAGUUUGUAAACAAAGUGGACGCAGUAAACAUGCUCAGGUUGUGACUUUCGUGACUGUGAAUAAAAGUGAAAAUAUAAUACAUUUAUUUUAAGAUUUAUUUUCGUUUCUUCAUUAGUAGUUAGCUUCUACCACAGAAGAAGUGAUUUAUUCUCGCAUUCCAUUUAAAUAUUAUCAUUCAUGCACGGGCCAUGUCUCUCUACAAGAUAAGGGUUGCUGGUCUUGAAGAUAUUUUACAACAAGAUGUUAUUGAUUUGAAAUUUCUGAGAGAUUUCUGUUUCUACGGUAUUCCUGAUUGCAGUGGAUUGCGAUCGCUAUGUUGGAAACUGAUGUUGGGAUAUUUGGGCCCAAAAAAAGACACUUGGUCUGCGACUCUGGCUAAAAAACGCGAGUUGUAUAAACAAUUCAUUGAGGAGAUGGUGGUUCCACCUGGUGAUGGCAUCCAGGAUCGGUCUGUAUGUGUAGAUCAUCCACUGAGCGACGGAGCGGAGAGUAACUGGAACACUUUUUUCAAAGACAAUGAAGUGCUGUUGCAAAUUGACAAGGAUGUUAGAAGACUCUGUCCGGAUAUUUCGUUCUUUCAGCAGGCGACUGAGUUCCCUUGUGAAUCAGUAGUUAGUCACAAUCGCGAGCGAAAGUUGCAUAUUAGAGUAGCACCAACAACUCUCAGUUCGGCUAACGUUGAAAGGAAGGGGCUAGGAGUGACCAAGAUCAAUUUGAUAACGAAAAGAGCCAUCGAGAGCUACGAAGCAAUGGACGAAGGACAGGAAGCGCAUUGGGAAGUGGUCGAGCGAAUAUUGUUCCUAUACGCCAAGUUGAAUCCCGGACAAGGUUACGUACAAGGCAUGAAUGAAAUCAUCGGUCCGAUAUAUUACGUAUUGGCCUCCGACCCUAACUUAGAAUAUCGUAAACAUGCCGAGGCUGACUGCUUCUUUUGUUUUACUGCACUGAUGGGUGAAAUAAGAGAUUUCUUCAUAAAAACUCUCGAUGAAUCUGUCGACGGAAUUAAGGGCAUGAUGGCAAAACUGUCGAACAUGCUAAGAGAGAAGGAUUUGGAAGUCUGGACCAGAUUGAAGGAUCAGGAACUUUAUCCACAGUACUACAGCUUUCGAUGGCUGACUCUUUUACUAUCGCAAGAAUUCCCACUGCCAGAUGUUUUACGGAUUUGGGACUCGGUAUUUGCUGAUGAAAAGCGCUACAAUUUUUUGGUAAAAGUAUGCUGUGCAAUGAUCAUGUUACUUCGAGAACAAAUUUUGGAAAACGAUUUUGCCAACAACGUGAAGCUGCUACAAAAUUUUCCGCCAAUGGAUAUUAAAGUAGUUCUGAAGAAAGCAACCAGCCUUGACUAGAUCCCCACAAACUGCAACGAACAAUCUCCUUGCCGCGUCACAUUAUUUUAGUAUUUUUUUAUGGCUUUACAGCACUUCAAUGGACAUGACGAAUUACUCAUUGAUGAGUACAUCUCAGUACAAUAUAUCAUGCAAAUUAUAUCAUUAUUGUAAAGAUAUGAUUGUGAAAUAAAUAUGUAUUUCCAUUUUCUUA